GUAAUGUUCAACACUCAUUCGAUCACCAGCAAAUCAAAGAACUUGCCAUGGCUCCUCUACGAUCUUUCCUAGUCUGCCUUACAGUUUUAGCUGCCUUUGUUAUAACACCAUCGUCAGCGCAACUAAAUGCUGGCUUCUACGACGAAGUCUGCCCUGAGGCACUUCCAGAAAUUAGAAGAAUUGUCUGUCAAGCUGUCGAUGAUGAACCGCGUAUGGGAGCUUCUCUACUGCGUCUGCACUUCCACGAUUGCUUUGUAAACGGUUGCGAUGGAUCAGUUCUGCUAGAUGACACUUCGAGCUUCACUGGUGAGAAGACAGCCGCACCAAAUGCUGGGUCCAUCAGAGGAUUCCAAGUGAUCGACGAAAUCAAAGCAGCUGUCGACAAAGUUUGCAAGCGUAGUGUUGUCUCCUGCGCUGAUAUAUUAGCCGUUGCAGCUCGUGAUUCUGUAAACCUUCUAGGAGGUCCUUCGUACAAAGUACAACUGGGCAGAAGAGAUGCACGAACAGCAAGCGUAAAUGAUGCGAAUAGAGGCCUGCCUCCCCCAUUUUUCAGCUUCUCACAGCUUCUAUCUAGCUUUCAAUCUAAGGGUCUUGACCUCAAAGACUUAGUACUCCUCUCAGCUGCUCACACCAUUGGACAAGCUCGCUGCACUACCUUCAGAGACAGGAUUUACAAUGAUACCAACAUAAACGCCAAGUUUGCAGCUUCUGCCAGACGAAAAUGCCCAUCAAAUGGUGGAGACAACAAGUUAAAGCCACUUGAUGCAACCCCAAGGAAAUUCGAUACAACGUAUUUAAAUUCCUUGUUGAAAUUUAAAGGCCUCCUACACUCUGAUCAGGAAUUGUUCAAGGGCGACGGAAGUGACAGUGAUAAGUUGGUGCAAUACUAUAGCGCGAACCUGUACGAAUUUUUUAAUGACUUUUCCGUUUCAAUGAUCAAGAUGGGUAAUAUAGCGCCUCUUACUGGAAAUGCUGGUGAAGUGAGACGCAACUGCAGGAAGAUCAACUGAUAACUAAACGUCUAAACAUAUGCUCAAAAAAUAAAAUAUGUAGAGGAACUAUUAUAUUAUCUUGGUGUUCAUGGUCGAGUGUGAAUGUAAUCUGGUUGUAAAUGUACCCGAAGGGAAAUUAUCUUUAUUCUUGUUCAAUAAUAAACUCUUUUUGAAUUGCAAGUAAAAAUUUGAAUGCGA